AAGACGAGUGUAUUACAGAUUUGUCAGUGGUGUUUAAUCACUAGCAUAACAUUUGGUUUAUCACAUUUCUAUGUCAGUAAAUUUAUAGUACAUAUGUACCAUCUGACAUAAGUUUAAAGAAAUACCCGAACAGAUAAACAUUUAAGUGAAAUAAAGAUGUCAUUUGAUUUAAAAUCUUAUAUUGAAACGUACAAUCCACACCGGGAAACUGUGGAUUAUCUCAAAGGUAAAUCUGAAGCAAAAUCAGAUGAAAGGUAUGCGGUGGAAACAACACGAGAAGCAGCAAGAAAGACAGCUCAACAAUAUGGAGGACAUGUAAAGUUUAACGGGACAGAAAACGAACAUUUUAUACCACCUACGACAAACACAGAUACGAUCCCUGUUACAAUUUACAAACCAGAGAGCGAAGUUUGUGACAAAUCUACAGUACCUAUUGUUGUUUACUUCCACGGUGGUGGUAACGUUAUCAAAAGCAGAAAAACCAACGAAAAUGUUUGCAAACUUCUAGCUAGGGAUACACCGUGUAUAGUCGUCAAUGUGGAAUACAGACUGGCACCGGAGCACAAGUUCCCGGCUAAUAAUGACGAUGCCAAGCGUGCUGUGGAAUGGGUAUCUGAGAAUAAAAAGGAAGUUGGUGGUGAAUCAGACAGCAAGAUUGGAGUGGCGGGAGAUAGUGCUGGUGGUCGUCUGGCAGCUGUCGUCUGCCACGAUGCUUUUUCACUUAUAGACUUUGCAGUUUUGGUUUAUCCCAAAGUCGAUUUCACAAAAGCCAACAAAUCGACAGAAGAAUUUAGAUUUGGACCAUUACUUCCCAAGAGAAGGUCUGAUUGGUAUGCAGAACAGUACAUUACAGAAGAAGAGAAGAACUUACCAAGAGCUUCAGUGAUACUGAAUAAGGACUUCUCAUACCUUCCACCAACACUGAUCAUUGUUGCUGAACAUGAUCAGUUACGUGACGGUUGCUAUGAAUACCAUGAUAAACUGAAAGCUGCCGGUGUACAAGUCCAGCUGGAGUUAAUUAAAGGUGUACCACACAGUUACUGGAGUUUGCCAGGAGCAUUUAAGGAAAACUGCCAGAUUACAAACGCAUUCAUUACAGACUUUAUCAGAAAAUGUGUAACUUCUUAAAUCUUUGACGAAUUUUUGGUUUAUAAUUCACCCUCACUGUCGGAAAAAGUACCAUAUUGGCGAGCAUUGUGACGAAUUGACCUUAUAUACUGUCUUAUAUUCUAGUAGUAGCAGUAGUAGUAGCAGAAGCUAUGAUAAAGGGUUAAGUGAAGCGUUCCAAAUAAAAUGUACAAUAAAUGCAAUGCUGCAGCUUGAUGUCACGAGCCAUUCGUGCAAUAGUAAAAUACUGUAUAUAGCAGAUAUUGAAAUUAUUAUGUACACUGUAUUUAUACUUAACAUCAUCGAUAUUCAGUCUUCUUGCAAACUUUGUAUGUACAUUAAACGUGUGCAAAUAUAGAUAUCCCUUUUUAUAUGCAGAUGUAUUAUCAUUUAGGAAAAAUAAUCUACUGCUUGCACGCACUUGCCUAAUUAGUAAUUACAUAGAUUUAAUAGUCUUUUUAUACUCAUUUGGCAGUUUUCAGUGCUCAUCAAUGAUUUACACGUAUCUAUACAGUAUCACAAAUCACAUAAUUGGCGAGGAUGAUGCCAUUAUACAACUCUUCUAUAAUCCAAUUUAUCAACAAAUUUACAAUUUAAUAAUUAAGUGUUCUCGUCU